GCUGUACAGGCUGGGUAGCAAUCGUCGGCGAAUUCGUCAGUGAGCCUCUUAGGAGAUAUGACAAUAAAUUUUCCUCCAGAAUUUUCGGGGUGAUGCUCGAUGAUGACGAAAAACUUGGUGAUCACAACUAUCUUGUGGCUGAUUGA